UUCGAUAAAAAAAAGUCAACAAUAAUAAAUAGCAAUAAAGUAUAUUUUUAAUAAAACGUUCUUUGUUUUUUAUGUUACGUAUUUAAUAUGAAUCACAGUUCGUCAAAUAACGAAGAUUUACGUGAAGAAUUUAAAAAUCUCAUUAUUAAAAUUGAACCAUACUAUGUUGCAUUAAAAUCAGAUCUUGAAAAGUUAUUAUGUCGUGAAUGGUUACACAAGUUAUUCAAAACUGCUACUCACGAGGAAUCACUGAGAAAUGCUUAUUUAGUCAAAUUACUUAGUCAACUAGAAAAAGGAAAAUUAAUAGAACCGUUUGACAAUCUCCCUAAACACAAUUCACCUUUGUUACCUUUAAUCACAAAUAAUUUACCGAAGCAAAAUGUUAAUGUUUGUAAUAAAAAAAAGAUAUUAACAAAAAAGGAACCUUUGAUUACGGAUGUGGUAACUGUUCACAAUACUGAUGGUUCUCUUAAAUCCACGAAAAAUCAUAAACAUACAAAUGAAAUCAAAGUUAAUGAACAUUUAAACCAAGAAAAACAAUUGGAUAUCAAUGAAAUUUCAGACGAUUCAAAAGAAGUAAAUCCUCCCGUGAAUGAAAGUUCCAACCAAGAAAAACGGUUGGAUGUCAAAGAAAUUUCAGACGAUUCAAAAGAAGUAAAUCUUCCCGUGAAUGAGAAUUCCAACCAAGAAAAACGGUUGGAUGUCAAUGAAAUUUCAGACGGUUCAAAAAAAGUAAAUCUUCCCGUGAAUGAGAGUUUGAACCAAGAAAAACGGUUGGAUGUCAAUGAAAUUUCAGACGAUUCAAAAGAAGUAAAUCUUCCCGUGAAUGAGAGUUUGAACCAAGAAAAACGGUUGGAUGUCAAUGAAAUUUCAGACGAUUCAAAAGAAGUAAAUCUUCCCGUGAAUGAGAGUUCGAACCAAGAAAAACGGUUGGAUGUCAAUGAAAUUUUAGACGAUUCAAAAGAAGUAAAUCUUCCCGUGAAUGAGAGUUCGAACCAAGAAAAACGGUUGGAUGUCAAUGAAAUUUCAGACGAUUCAAAAGAAGUAAAUCUUCCCGUGAAUGAGAGUUCGAACCAAGGAAAACGGUUGAAUGUCAAUGAAAUUUCAGAUAAUUCAAAAGAAGUACAGCAGCAAAAAAUAACGGUAGAUAAAAGUGAAGGAGGUGAUGGACUGACAUUAAAUGAAGAGACUAAAUUAAAAUUAGAAUCUGUUGAAAAAAUGUCUAACGAAUUAAAGAAAAAAACUGAACUUCUAACAAAAGAAUUUCAAGAAAUUGAGCUAUACGCAAAUAAAAAUUUAACUAACAACGAUCAAUUAACUGUACUUAGUGCCGAUUUGAGCAAAUGUAAAAACGACAUAGAAAACAUGUACAAUCUUGAAGUGGCUGACGAAUUGUGUGCAUCAAAUUUACUUAAAAAUAUUUUGGAUAAAACUACUGCACUUGACAAUACCAUUGUAUCAGAAAUACAUCGUUUAAAAACCAUGGUCGAGGACUCGUGUGCGAGUAAAAAAAGUAUGAAUUUUGUUAUGGAUCAAUUGAAAGAAAAACACCGCUUGAAAAUAAGCGAAAAAGAUAAAUUCCAUACUGAGAUAAAUAGAAAAUUAAUGAUCGAAAUUUCCCGAUUAAAAGAGUGUGUGGGUAAAGUCGAAGAAGAGGCUAUGUGUGAAGAAUUUAGCAACGAAAAUUACGAAGACGAAUAUAGCAGUACUUGAUCUGUGUUUUAACGUGUUUUAAAAAUACAAAUCAUGUAUAAAUAA